AUAGCGCACCAAGUCAGCAUCCAAUAACCCCCUAAUUUGACGGUGUCGGUGAUUCACCAAAAUCCUUCCAUUCCCAUUCUCUCUCAAUCAAUUCAACAAAUAAUCUCAACCCAAACUCAUUCAUUCGCUUUUCUCCUUUCGGUUCGGGUUAUCCAUCGUUCCCAAAUUAACCGUUCCGUUCCAAAACCAAAUCGCAUCCGAUGGCGGCGUCGCGGCGGCUCCGGGACCUCCAAUCGCAACCGGCGAACAAGAUCUGCGUCGAUUGUUCCCAGAAGAACCCUCAAUGGGCCUCAGUAUCAUACGGAGUCUUCAUGUGCUUAGAGUGCUCCGGCAAACACCGUGGCCUCGGCGUUCACAUCUCGUUCGUGCGAUCCGUUACGAUGGAUUCAUGGUCUGAGAUCCAGAUCAAGAAGAUGGAAGCAGGAGGAAACGAUAAACUCAACGCGUUCCUCGCUCAAUACGGUAUCGCUAAGGAAACCGAUAUCGUUUCAAAGUACAACUCUAACGCCGCUUCGGUGUACCGUGAUCGCAUUCAGGCCAUCGCCGAUGGCCGUCCCUGGCGGGAUCCACCCGUCGUUAAGGAGAAUGUACGCUCCGCUGCCUCCAAGGGGAAGCCGCCGUUGGCUUCCAACGGCAACAACGGAGGCUGGGAUAGUUGGGACAACGACGCGGUUUUCGGAUCUCGCGGCGAUAUCCGCCGUAACCAGUCGACCGGCGAUGUUAGGGGGUUUGGCGGAGCCGGAGGCGCGCCGGCGAGGUCGAAAUCGACGGAGGAUAUCUACACGCGCACGCAAUUGGAAGCUUCUGCGGCUAAUAAGGAGAGUUUCUUCGCGAAGAAGAUGGCGGAGAACGAAUCGCGACCGGAGGGGCUUCCGCCGUCGCAGGGUGGGAAGUACGUCGGGUUCGGAUCUAGCCCCGCCCCUAUGCAGAGGAGUAAUCAGCAAAACGAUUAUUUGUCUGUCGUUUCUCAGGGAAUUGGUAAAUUAUCGUUGGUUGCUGCUUCUGCGGCUCAGUCUGCUGCUAAUGUUGUUCAGGCGGGGACAAAAGAAAUCAGUGCUAAGGUAAAAGAGGGUGGUUAUGAUCACAAGGUCAAUGAGACUGUCAAUGUUGUCACUCAGAAGACAUCAGAGAUUGGACAUAGGACAUGGGGUAUAAUGAAAGGGGUCAUGGCAUUGGCUUCACAGAAGGUUGAGGAAUACACUAGGGAUAACCCAAAUUGGAGGCCUGAUAACUGGCAACAAAAUGAAAAUGAUAGAAAUGGGUUCUAUCAGGAAUUUCAUCAAGAGAAUAAAGGCUGGAAUUCUUAUGCCAGAGAAGGACAACCUUCUUCAGGUGGACAAACUAAUACCUACAACUCGAGCUCUUGGGAUGAUUGGGACCACAAAGAUUCUAGGAAGGAAGAGCCAGCUAAAGGAUCAGCUCAUCAAUCAUCAGGUGGGCAGUCUGGUACUUAUAAUUCAAGCUCUUGGGAUGAUUGGGACAAUGAAGAUACAGGGAAGAAAGAACCAGCUAAAGGGUCAGCUGCCCACAGCAGUGAUGGUUGGGCUGGUUGGGAUAAUGCCAGAGAUGAUGGAUUUGAUAAUAUAUAUGGAAAUGCAUCUAAUAAUAAAGCUGUUGGUCAUAAUGAGAAGUCGGGUGUUGCAUGGACAGAAGGAGGCUUUCUCUAAGGUUUGACCCUAUCUCUGUCGUCAGUAUCAAAUUUUAAAUGACAACAAUACAGUAUCUUUUGGACUGGUGGCUUACAAACCAAACAGGGAUGUAGUUUAACAUGAUGCACGUGACCAGAUUUGGAACUAUUUUGUUGGUCACUGUUAAUCAGGCCCCAUAUGUGCUGGAAGAAUGAUAUUUGAGGUUAGUGUAUUGUCUGCAAGUCUUUAUUUUUUUUAUGUAAUUUUUUGGGGACUUCUGUAUGAUUGGAAACAUAGUUUUAAAUGUACAAGUGUCCAAAGACAGGGCAAAUUGCCCAAAUUUAAGAUUACUUCUACCUGGAAGUGUGAUGAAACGUUAUUGUGACACAAAAAUUUCAUAAUUGUUUUGAAUUUAUAGCAACUUAAUUUACCUUUGUU